CCAGAUGUUUAUAGAGUAUAUAUGAAUAGUUUAUGUACAUUUUGGACAGGCAUAUUAUCGCCGUACUUCUUGUGAAGUUUGGGUCCUUUUCAGGAUUAAAGAUGGCGGCGGCCGCCCGGCUCUGUGUCCUCCGUGUAUCAUUAGGAGGUGUUAGAACAUUAGGGGGUUCUGGACUGUUCUGUUCUGUGACUCGAUCCAGUGGAACUCCGGUUUGUUCCGUAGCUGCCGCUGUCGUGUCUCCGGCUGCCUGGGAUCAGACUCGUCAUUCCAGCUUCUUCAACAAGUUGACUGCAGAUGAGCUGUGGCGUGGUGUGUUAGCCGAGAGCGGCGCCGGAUCCAGGAAAGGAAGAGGGAAAAGAACCAAACGAAAACUGAAGAAAGAUUUGAAUCGAGGACAGAAUAUCGGAGAGGGUCGUGAUGGCUUCCUCUGGCCAGGUCUGAAUGUUCCUAUAAUUAAAGCUGGAACCAUCCAGUCGUUCUCUAAACGAGGAGAGGUGGAGCAGCAGGAGUUGAGGGCGGAGCUUGAGCGUCAAAGGGAUGAGUGGGACAGGAAGAGGAAGAUGAAGAUAAAGAGAGAGAGGGGCUGGUCAGGAAACUGCUGGGGAGGAAUCAGUCUUGGACACCCAGACCCAGGCCCGAACGGAGAAACAUACGAAGAUUUUGACUGCAGAGUUAUUGAGGUGAGUGAAUGUUUGCUCUAUAACACCAUGUCGCUUGUGUGUCUGCCUUUGAGUGCAGGUGAGGACACGUUUGAGCUGCACUCGGUGGAACUGGAGCUGGCGGCCUUGGAGAAGCAGAUCCGUGACCUACAAGUGAAGCAGGCCGAGCCGCGGGAGCAGAAAGCCACGCUUCAAGCUUCCCAGUUGGUCGCUCACCUGUCUCAGGCCCAGCACACUCAGGAGGCAGCCUGCCUAGGUGUUGUUUACUUCGGUGCCAGGGAAGCACAGACCCUUAGUGCAACAGCAGAGGAAGACAUGAGCCGGGCCCCGGUCGAGGACCUCUCCCCCUCCAUCGCCACUUCGAGAUCCCGGAUGUGA